GUGCUUCAACGGCUUGAUCGGUAAUACCAUUGAGUAAACGUACCAAAUGAUAAUAAAUAUUGUUGAUUGUUGUAUGGAUAAUUUAGUUGGCUUACAGUGCUCUACCAACUCGACAGCCGAGUGAUUGUUCCGGAGUUACCUACCAAAUCGUGAAAAUAACUUUGUCCCAAAGAUGGCAGAUAGCGAUAGAGACAUAGGACCUUUGCUAGGAUUGGGGAUUCCUGAAAAAGUAGCGACACAGAGGCGGGAGCCGCUGUUAUGAGUUAUUCACGUGUGCAUAACCAGAGGUGAGCGGUACAACUUUUUCGAGGUAGUAACAGUAGAAAAAAAGUUCUAUGAACGACCUAACCAUAGAAUAGUAAAGAAAGCAUACAUCUGUUGUCAAGUGACCAUAAUUUCGUCUAAAAUAAUAAUUUGCCAUUCAUGUUUGAUAUUAUUCAAACUUCCUGAGUAACAAUCAACAAUUGCAACUGAUCUCACAGGUUUACGAGAUUAGUAACUGUAAAACAAUAUGAGCUCAGUUCAGCCAAUUUCAAAACUAUAUGAGCUGAUGGCGAAAAUUGGAAGGGUACCGGAAUUUGUGAUAACUGAGAAUAAUUCAUCUAAGAUUCCAAGAUUCACAGCGCAUGUUACUUGCCCUCUUCCACCUCAUGAUGAUAAGUUUUUGGCCAUUGGCAUCGGCCUUUCAAAAAAAAAAGCAAGAUGUCUAGCAGCCCAGGAAUUUUUGCAAAAAUAUUGUGGAAUCAGCUUUCAAAAUUCCAUAACUACUAUUUGCACAAUCAAUGUCAACCCUGCUUAUCAUCACGUAAUACUACAUGAACUUUGCUUGACUUACAAUUUUAGUAAGCCGCUAUAUAAAGAAGAACAAGCCAAAAUUGGUUCACUGCACUCUUCAAUUUUUUUGGUUGAGUGUAGAAUUUCGAAAAUAAGCGUCCAAGGAGAAGGUAAAACAAAAGCAUUGGCAAAGCAAGACGCUACGACUAAGAUGAUACAGAUGCUAAUGAAAGAAGUUGCACUUAGCGAAAUCUUUGAAUCCUCCGAGUUACAUGUACUGAAGACCAAUGAGAUUUGCCUGAUUAAAGGUUUAAAAAUGCCACAGCUGGAAAAUCCUAUCAGCAUAAUUGGUAAAUUAAAUUCAGACUCCUUCCCUUGUGCUGAAACUGUGGCCAACCCUCAGUUGCAAAAAAAAGUAAAAAAAAUUGAACAGAUAAGAAGGCAUAUUCAGGAGAGUCAAUUUUGCAAGAAGGAUGAGAACUCUAACAAACGCCUAGUUGUUUCAACUUUGAAUAGCAAGCUGACAGACUUACAAUUAGCCAAUGACUGCAAACCAAUUACAGCAAAAGAUAACAGCAGAUCAUUACAUGAUUCAUCGGUCUAUGGUGAUGGUAUAAAAGAAAAAAUGUAUCUUAACAAGUCACACAAACAUACAUCCAGCCAAAUCAAAGAGACUUUAGAAAAUGUUGAGCGGCAACUGUAUGAGCAAGUUGUAGAAUCUUUAGUGUCACGUGAUGCUUUUGAACAAAAAACAGUUUUGGUUCUGGGUCAAAAGUUCGAAGUACUCUUCAAUGGUAGCUCGCCAUACAAAAUAUUUGCAGAUACCAACAAACUUACAGAUCAGGCUAUAGAUCCAACUAUCGCAAUCAUGUGUUUCACUAAAAUUUUGCAAGAUUUCAAUGAACAGUUACUUUAUGGUGGUGAGGAUAACUUUUUCAAAGAAUAGCUGAGAGUAAGAGUUCCACUGUAAUUUAAGUUUUUGAAUCCAUCAAUGACUAACAGAAGUUACGCAGUGACGUAAAAUGCAAAUCAAAUAAUAUUAACCAGAUAAAUACUUUUAUUGUCACCCUUAGCCAACUAGGCUUUACUGCCCAGCUGGCAUCUCCGACCUCAUGUUUAUACCUAAGUUUUUUUAGUUUUUCACCAACAAGCUGUAUUGAGCUAUUUGAUUUAUUUUUGCUUGUAAC